CUCAAAGAAGGCUCACAGGGCGCAGAGGUACUACAAUAUACGGCUCACCACCUGUCGCACCCUGCCUGGUGCACCAUCUUGCUGUUGAGCUGGCCUCUACCGCUUCUACCGGCCUCAUCAUCUUUUGCGCUUCCCAUAACUCAUGUCCCAUGCAGUCAUGCCGCCUCCCGCAAUAGCUAGAGCUGUGCCCGACUUCUCCCUCAACACCUCCUCCGGUCCUCGUUCACCCACUUCACCUUAUCCGAUGUCCGCUCUUGGCUCUGGCAUCCCUUCAAGCGGCGGCGUGAGCGGCAGCUUUCAACAACAGCAGCAGCAGCAGCAGCAGCAGCAGGGCGAGCAGAGGUACGCUUCCUCGUCAUCUAGCACGUUGCCAUCUUCACCGCCUGCAUCGUCGUCUAUGUCCUAUCAGCAGCAACAGCAGCCGCAGAGGCAGCCAAGCUACCAGUCAUCAGCGUCACAACAGCAACCGCAACCAGGUCUUCUGGCCUCGCCAUCGCCCACUCAGCAAGCCACGCGAAUGCGAAGACAACGGCCAGAUACAGAGGAAAUCCGACGCGUGGGCAGGGUCCACUACCAGGAGCUCCUGAAUUUCCUCCGUAGCCAUCUCGCAAAGGACCAAACGGGCCCUCGGUCCAAUGCUCGGGAGAAGCUCACGCGUCUCAGCAAGCAGCAAUUCACUGAGCUCUCGACGGACGUCUACGACGAAUUGAUGCGCCGCCUUACCAAUGCUCGUGAGCAGUCGACAUCUUCAAAUCCACACCUCGCCGUCCGUGAUGAGUUCCAUCCGAAGCGCAACCAGGCGAGACAAAAGCUGGCCACUCUGCCCAAGACGCGCUUCAAAGAUCUCUCUUCCGAUGUCUUCUUUGAGCUGGAGAGACGCUUUCCUGAGCUGAAAGAGGAGUUCAGGCCAGACGCCAUUGCCAGGGAAAGGGAAGCGGCUGCCGCUCAAAAACAGCGCGAGGAGCAGGAAGCCGCGGGCAAUCGAGGUGUAGCGACGAGCGACGUCAUUGUGCCGAAGAAGUCGACGCUGGUAGACGAGGAUGUGUCAGUCAACUUCCAAGGCGGCGAGCGCUCGAGCGAGCUUCCAACUCACGGCUCACCGCCAAAUGGCGCCGAGGAGAGUACGGCAGAUGACCAUAAUGACAACAGGAGCACGAUGUACAGCCAGGCCAGCUCUGUGGGCACCGGCUUCUUCAACGGCUACGCAGCCAGUCGUGGUCCUGGAACUGAGAGCGUCUCGAGCCCUAUGCUUGGCGGUGGAGGUGGCUCGUUCGAUGGAUCCGCACCGUUUGGCGUCGAGAAGCUGCGCUCCGACUACGAGUUCAAGAUCGCGACUCUCAAUCAGCGCAUCACCGCUUUGGAGACGCACAACCUUGAGCUCAAGGAGCACGCAUCGAAGAGCGACCAGCACGAGGAGGCUCUGAGGGGCGUGGAGGCCGAGAGGGAUAGGCUCCGCUCCGAGCAUGCCCAGCAGCUUCGAGAUGUCCAUGAGGAGUCUCAAAGGCUGAGAAGUCAGCACGAUGAAAAGCAUCGAGAGCUGCAGGAUGCUCAUGGCCGGCUUGAAUCGACACAGGAGGAAUUGCAGCGGGCAAUGGCUUCCAACAGCGGCGCCGGGGCGGAGGAGGUCGAGAGAAUGCAGGAAGAACUCGCCCAGCAGAGUCAGAUUGUGCAGGAGCUGAGGGAAGAGGUCGAGUCGCUCGUCAACGAGGUCCAGCAGCUCUCGGGCCGCAUCGAGGAGCUGGUGGCAGAGAAGGAUCAGGACCUGGCGAUGGUACGCGACCUCAAUGCUCAAGUGCAGACUUUCAAGCGCAAGUACGAGCAGGCGAGGACCGAGCUCCGCCAGUACAAAGCAACCUCGCAACACCUUGUCGCUCAGCCCAAGGUGGAGGAAGAGUUCCUCAGGCCCACAGCGGGCGGCGCAAUUGCCGACGUAAACGUGACGGCCUUCCAGACCUCCAUCGACGAGUUGCUCGCUGCCGCGAGGUCGACGACCCCUUCAACUGUCCUCUCCUCAAUGAAGGCUGUCGUGCUCGCCACCACGCUCGUCACCGACGACGUUGCAAAGUACGAGCAGAUGCCCACUUCCGCUGCGAAUGGCGACGUUGAGUCGAUUGGCCAGCUCAAGCCCAAGAUCUCUACCACGCUCAACAAUCUCAUGACAGCCUGCCGCAACCACGCUUCGGCCAAGGGCAUGUCUCCCGUGAGCCUCCUCGACGCCGCGGCGAGCCACGUCUCGAUGACAGUAGUGGAGAUGGUCAAGCUCGCGAAAGUUCGCCCAGCCACCGCAGCAGAAAAGGAGCAAUACGAGGCGCACUUCUCUGGCAACACCUUGCCGCCUGGAGGACUCAAACCGCUGCACAUCAGCACGACUAACGGCCCGGCCUCCGCCCGCUCCGUACCCAUGACUCCCACUGAGCCCCGCAGCGCGGAUUCGGUCUUUAAAUCCGGCGGCGGAGGAAACGGUCCUUCUUCUGCUGGAGGGCUACGCUCCUUCUCCGGCCCACUGAGCGACCGUCUCAAUGGAGCAAACGACAACAUGUCAGAUCGUCUCUCCCCUCGCACUCUGAAGGGCAAUGCGGGUCCUGGCGGAGUCGGCGCAGGCGGUCGCUACUCACCCGUAGGUUAUCGCUCGACGAGCGGGGUGGUACCCGUGCGGGUGCCGAGCAAUGGAAGUUGGCAGAACGGGCAUCGUUCAAGGGCGGCAAGCAUUGCUUCGAACUCCAGCAACAACGGCCCUGCCAGCGGUCCACCAAUGACGCCCGGCGGAGGGAGCACGAGUGGGGACCAGAUACCUGCGUUGCCUCGUACGGACCUGAGCAAUAUUCGCAGCCAAUGGGGAGGCGGGGCCAGUAGCAGUAGCAGUCCGCCGCGCCGCCCGGUCAGCAACGCUAGUAGCGCGGUGAAUGGAGCCAGCAGUGCACGCCAGCUCAGUGGGAACCAUUCGCAACAAUCGUCGACGUCCUUCUUCGCCGGCUCGGGAGCAGCUGGUGCCAACGGUCCACGCCUUUCGGGUGUCUCUCCCGCGCGCGGCCUCCCCAACUCAGGCAUGUCCCCCGCAGCUCGCAACAGCCUCAUUGGUGCCAAUGGCGGGGAGGACACCGGCUCCCAUGAAGAGAAUUGGGCGGAGCUGCGCAACUACAUCGAGGUCCAAACGGAAGCCAUCGUUCAUUCAAUCCAGGCCCUCCUAUCCGCUAUCCGCGAAGGUGCUCAGGCGAACCAGCUCAACGAGAACUUGGUCCAGAUCACCACAAUCGCUUCGAGCAUCGUCGCCAUUUCGCGCGAGAACCUGGGAGAAACCGGUGGGCAGGGAGAAGGCGAGGAGAUCCUUGCCGAGCUGCAGGAGAAUUGCGAUAGGCUAGCGGAGAUGCAGACGAAGGAGGUCUUUGACAAGGGGACGAAGAGCGCGAUGGCAAGUGCAAGCUAUGGGGUGGCCAAGGGUCUGAAGGCGCUCAAUGGGCACUUGAAUGCCGUGGACGUCUCAUCUGCUGCAGCUGCCGGAGGGGCAGGCAAGCAGAUGCCAUCUUCACCUCUUGCGCAGGCGGUCAAGAAUGGGGGGCGUGAGGAGUAUAGUGAUGAUGGGAGCGAGUAUGAUUUGAGCUGAGUGCGCUCGACUUGCUGAGAGGCUGGCGGACGUUCGGGAGGGGAAGAAGGGCGGCCUGCAUCGUCCUGUGGGCAUCACAUUCAAGGCAUCAUCGUAGGGUCAAUCUCGACGUCUCUGAUUAGCUAGCUUACUAUCGCUACUGCUCCGGUGCUCAUGUACUCUAUCGACUCUUGAUCCUUCUCGUUCUCGUUUACCUGAUCGAAUCUAUCGUUAUACGCUUGCUCACUGCACUCGCGCUAGACUUGCCGACGAGCAGCGAGAGGUGGAAGGAGCGUCGUCACGCAGGACCAGACUACUUCUCGAUG